AUGGGUGCUGUACCCAAGAAUGUCAUGAAACGUGGUAACUUUUACGAAAUCAACGACUACAUCUCAACAGCAGCAGUGCUUCACGGCGAGCAGAAGCGUAAAUUAGAACUCCAGGGCAUAAUCGGUGGUGCAUUUCGACCGCACAUUCGUACGAUGAAAGGUCGCGAAGUGGCACCGACAUUUUUAGCGUCCUAUGCAAGGGAGCUG